GCCAGAGCUAUCAGAUGGGUCCAGCUGCCGCAGGCUCUCCAGGCACUGUCCCCUAAGUGACAGCUGUUACUGCCUGGGAGAGCUCAAGUGCAAAGACUAUCCUGUUCUCCCAUAAAGAGGAGGAAAAGGAAGAUACAGAAAUCAGUGCUGCUCCCAACAGCAGAUCAAGGCAGUCGUCAGGAACUCAGGAUCCGGGGGGUCUUCACGGCUUCUCUGCCCAGGGGCCAGAACCGAGGAGGCCAGGAGGGCUGCUGGGGCUAAAGGGUCUAAGGACCUCGUUGCACACGCUACCAGGAGCAGGGGCAUGGAGCACAGUGAGGGGGCUCCCGGAGACCCAGCCGGUACUGUGGUGCCCCAGGAGCUGCUGGAAGAGAUGCUUUGGUUUUUUCGUGUGGAAGAUGCAUCUCCCUGGAAUCAUUCCAUCCUUGCCCUGGCAGCUGUGGUGGUCAUUAUAAGCAUGGUCCUCCUGGGAAGAAGCAUCCAGGCAAGCAGAAAAGAAAAGAUGCAGCCACCAGAAAAAGAAACUCCAGAAGUCCUGCAUUUGGAUGAGGCCAAGGAUCACAACAGCCUAAACAACCUAAGAGAAACUUUGCUCUCAGAAAAGCCAAACUUGGCCCAGGUGGAACUUGAGUUAAAAGAGAAAGAUGUGCUGUCAGUUUUCCUUCCGGAGGUACCAGAAACUGAGAGCUAGUGAGGGUUCAGAGAAGCCCCAUCCUAAGCCAGGCACAUGAUGUGGGCUCAGCUCAGUGGCCUGAAACCUCUCAGGUUUUAGAGUCUCUCCCAAGAAGCCGCUUUUUUCUUUUUCUUUCUUUUUUUUUUUUCUUAGCAGAUACAAUGAAUGAACUGCAAGCAAACUAAAAUUCUGUUAUUAAAAAAAAUAUUUUAUUAAAAUGCUCCUGGAAGUGA